AUGCAUGUUGGUGCUUCUGAUCCGGAAGGAAAAUAUUGGCGACGAUAUGAGAUAUUCUUGGCGGCACAGAACCUACAAACUAUUAUGGUCCGUGCAAGAGUCGUGCUUAUCUGUCUCAAGAUUGUUCCAGCUGUCACCAAGAUUCCGUGUGCAAACGUGCGCCUAGGGAGUGAUGAAAGCUCUUAUCGAGGCGGCGGCUGCACCGCUAUCAUGGUUUCUUCAGAGCUGCAUCGAGGCCAGCACUAUUGCGAUGAGGGCUUGCAUGAAGAAACGAGCAAAGCGCCGUUUCAGAACACCGGGGGCAGCUGGCCUCGGUUGAGCCCAUACCGAAACCAUUGCCACGACAAGGCAGCUCCACCAGGCAACCGUGCCCUGCCGCCCAUCCCGCACCAUUCCCUCAAGACCCUCCCUCGAAAGCACAUCCAGUGCAUCGCAUUGCGUUCUCGAGCCGGCCCCGAAACGGCAAAACCCAAAUCUCAGAAAAAGAAACGACAAAUCUCAAACGACAGCCGAGGAAACAGAAAUAAAACUAAUUGGCUGCGGGAGUUUCUGUGCCGUCGUCCCGAUCGAGAAAAAGAAAAAGAAAAAGAAAAAGAAAGGUUCAAUUCCCGGAAAUGCCCGCUGUCGCUUAAGUCACUGGCUUCGUUCUGUGCAGUGCUGAGAGAAAUGUCUUUCCUGAUAAGAUGA